AUAUUCCUCUUUUCUUCCAAUUUAAUUAACUUCCUCCUUUCUUUUUCUUUUUCUUAUUCUUUUUUUUUUUCUACUGUACUUUUUAGGCGUAAGUUAGCCACGGGUGGAUCAACUCUUGAAGUCAAUCCUUUGUUGUCGGACCAAAAUCUCGGAUUUAAUUUAACGUUGUUCCAACUUCUUUCCUAGGUUUCCUUUCUUCACUGUCCCAACAAGUUUCAAUCAUGAACCGUUUCUUGAAAAAUUUCACUCUUGGUGGGGUUAGGGAGUUUUCUAUGCAAAAUGGGAAUACCCAAAGCCUAAAAAUAGAAGGGAUUAAAGAUAUAAUAGCAGUUGCCUCUGGGAAAGGUGGUGUUGGCAAGUCCACUACUGCUGUUAAUUUGGCUGUUUCACUUGCCAAAAGGUGUCAACUUAAAGUUGGGUUGUUGGACGCGGAUAUUUAUGGGCCUUCAAUCCCUUUGAUGAUGCGACUUCAGGGAAAGCCGGAACUGAGCAACAAUAGGAAGAUGAUUCCAAUUGAUAGCUAUGGAGUUAAGUGUAUAUCAAUUGGGUCUCUUGUAGACGAAAGGGAAGCAAUUGUGUGGAGAGGGCCUAUGGUAAUGAAAGCCCUUGAACAGUUGACGAGGGGAGUUGACUGGGGGAUCCUAGAUGUUCUUGUGAUAGAUAUGCCUCCUGGUACCGGUGAUGCUCAGAUAUCUAUUUCCCAAAGGCUACAAUUAUCAGGAGGGUUGAUUGUUUCGACUCCUCAAGAUGUUGCUUUACUGGAUGCUCGCAAAGGGGUUAAAAUGUUCUCCAAAGUUAAUGUUCCGAUAUUGGGAAUUUUGGAGAAUAUGAGCUACUUUAAAUGCCCAAAAUGCAAUGAAUCAUCCUAUAUCUUUGGUCAAGGAGGAGCUCGUAAAACAGCUGAGGAGAUGGGUCUGAAAUUUCUUGGUGAGAUACCACUUGAGGUGGAGAUCAGAAGUGGUUCUGAUGAAGGUGUUCCCAUUGUUAUGUCCAAGCCUGAUUCUGUAAUCUCUGAAGUAUACUGCGAUGUGGCUGAAAGAGUUGUCAUGAGGCUUGAAGAGGUAGAUAAGGAGCAACAUUUCAGGCCAGAUAUAUCUCUUUAAAUGUGUCAGUCAUGAUUUCCGCCAACUUGAGUGUAAUUGUAACCAUUAGAAUCCGCCCCUUUCUAAAGGAAAAUCUAGUUGGCUCUGGAUAUAGAGCAUGAGUGAAAGCACAUUUAAGCUAACAAGAGUUCAAGGAAAUCCAUUAUUGAGAGAAGUGGUAAUCUCAUCGUGCUGCCUGGGAGGGAGCAAUCUUGUGAACUAUCAUUCUGGCCUAAUAGCAAGUUAUCGCUCAAGAAUUAACACAAACUGAAAGUUGCAGGAAUGACUAUGUAUCCCUUUUUAGAAUUGAACUCAUCAUCUUCAAUUUGAAAAGAUGAUAUACAUAUGAUGAACAUAGCUGUGGAUUGACUUUAUUAACCAUUGUCAUCCUUCUAGGAAGAAAAAGAAAAGAGAAGGUCCUAGAUUUUUCCUGUAUUGAACUUUUUAUCUUUUAAUUUUUCCAUAUUGGAUGCUGCUUGUAUUUGUUAGUUGGAUUAGAUGGUUCAAUUCUGUGGUGGUUUUAGUUUGGCGAACUUGAUUCCAUCUUUUCGGUCGAGCUGUAAGAGUAAAUCUUAUGUUUUUCUUUUUC